UUAUGAGCAUUUCUCUCCCCACGAGCUGUCACGCUGACAGAGGAGAGGAGAGCCAGCACUGAUGAUCAGUGUGCCCUGAUGAUCAGUGUAGCCCCAGCAGUGCCACCUGUCAGUGUCCAUCAGUGACAGCUGUCAGUGCUCAUCAGUGCUACAUGCCAGUGCCCAUCAGUGCCACAUCAAUGCCACAUAUCAGUGCCUACCAGUGCACAUCAAUGCCACAUAUCAGUGUCCAUCUGAACUGCCUUUCAGUGUCACCCAUCAGUGCCAGUCAGUGCCACCUAUCAGUGCUGCCAAUCAGUGCCACCUAUCAGUGGCAGUCAGUGCCGACUAUCAGUGCCCAUCAGUGCCGCCUAUCAGUGCCCGUCAGUGCGCCUAUCAGUGGCAGUCAGUGCCACCUAACAGUGCCAGUCAGUGCUGCCUAUCAGUGCCAGUCAGUGCCACCUAUCAGUGCCGCCUAUCAGUGCCAUAUAUCAGUGCUGCCUUUCAGUGCCCAUCAGUGAUGCCUGUCAAUGCCCAACAGUGCCACCUACCAGUGCCUCAUCAGUGCCCAUCAGUGCCACCUAUCAGUG